CAGCGAGGAUCGGGCCAUGGAGGCGGCGGGGGCGCUGGGGGCCGGAGUGGCGCUGCUGCUGGGGCUCUACGCGCUGCUUUACUACAACUUCGGGACGGCCACCUGGUGCCGGAACACGGUCAGCCUGCGGGGCAAAACGGUGCUCAUCACAGGUGGAAAUACUGGGAUCGGGAAGGCCACAGCGGUGGAUCUGGCCCGGAGAGGCGCCCGCGUCAUUCUGGCAUGCCGCGACAAAGCGAGAGGAGAAUCUGCCAUGUACGACAUCAGACGGGAAAGUGGGAACUCGGAGGUGAUCCUGAUGAUCCUGGAUCUGGGCAGCCUGGACUCCGUGCGAGCUUUUGCGCAGACCUUCUUAGAAUCGGAGCCCCGUCUGGACAUCCUCAUCAACAACGCAGGAGUCCUUAAGCCUGGUCAAACGGCUGAUGGCUUUGACCAGGCCUUCCAGGUCAACCACUUGGCCCACUUCCUGCUCACCCACCUGCUGCUGGACCGGCUGAAGCGCUGCGCCCCGAGCCGGAUCGUAAUUCUGGCCUCAAGUGCGCACGCCUCUGGGAAGAUCGACUUCCAGGCCUUCAACAACCCGGACACAUGGAUGAUCAAGGGCGCAGAAUCCUACUGCAACAGCAAACUAGCCAACAUUCUCCAUGCAAGAGAGUUGGCCAGGCAGCUGGAAGGAACCAACGUCACCUGCUAUGCAGUUCAUCCAGGAGUUGUUAAAACCGAAAUUACUCGCUCCCAUCCCUGGUGGACACUUUGGCUGGUUUGGUCCUCCAAACUGUUCGUCCGAAAUAGCGAAGCUGGUGCCCAGACCUCCAUCUACUGCGCCACUGAGGAGGGCAUCGAGGGGCUGAGUGGGCGGUAUUUUGCGGACUGCCAGCCGAAGGUGCCCAGUCCACUGGCCUGUGAUGACCAGCUGGCCAAGAAGCUCUGGGAAUUCAGCGAGAGGCUGCUGGGACUGACCAGCUAAAUAUUUCCUCUUUAAAUUUGGUCCCUUAAUUUUUCUGAGCUGAAGGGAGGAAAAAUCACAUGGAAAAGCAGACACAAAAUCACUCCAAAAUCACAUCAGAUACUUCUACAAUUAGUCCAAGGCAAUUCUGGGAGUGGAAGUCCACAUCUUAAGGUUCCCAAGAUUGGGCACCCCCAAAUUUAAGGGCAGACCAACGUGGUUUAUGUAAGGGGCCAGGAGAUGCCGACUGGAUUAAUCCAUAGCGAUUCGGGGGGGCGGGGGGUGUACCUGAUCCAAAUAUUCCUUUUGCUCUUCAGUAGGAAAGGGGCAUUCCUGCCACUCCAACAGUCCAAGAGAACACUUUUCAUCCUGUGCUAUUAAAAUUAUUUUCCCCCUGCAUUAUUUUCACGCUGAAUAAUUAUCCCCCUUUGCCACCUUCUGACAAAAAUAAAAAAAGAGAAAUUUUGGAUUUAA